AUCGGUGCCUUCUCUCUUUUCAAACGCCUUGCUGAAUCGACCGCACCUGGGCGCCAGGGCCGCCGCCCGCCGCCCACCUCCGUCGCGCGGCACCUCGUCAAGUUUCGGCCGGGCAGGGCGCGUGCGCUUAGAGGUCGAGCGCUGCCUCGCCGCCGACGACCGCCAUGGCGUACGCGCGCCUGGAGCUGCGAUGCCCCAGGGCGCUCGACCCCCGCCCGAGCUGGACCCUCGGCGACGUCCUCACCGAGCUCGACGCACUCGAAGCCACCCGCCGCGCCGCGCCCCCCACGCCCCUCAAGCAGCAGCCGGAGUGGGCUGGCGGUGGCAGCGCAAGGAAGAAGGCCUUUGUGAUGCGGAUUGAGGAGGAAGACGACACGGAGGAGGAAGACGAUAAUGAGGAUGCCCGGGCUCUUGUGACCGGAGCCAGGUUCUCAUGUAAUGAUCUCGAAUGCAGCAGCUUUGAAGAAUCAGGGGAUGAAUUAGAUAGCUGCAGUACAUCAUACCACCUGAUGGAGAAAAGGAGCCUAGAGAAAAGCAUUCUGCUUGAGCUGGAACGCGAUCAUUAUCUCAAAAUUCAAGAGGAAGUUAGAAGCAAGUUAUCUUCAUUGGAGGUAUGCCACCAAAACGAAAUCCAGAGAACAAUCACAUCAUUUGCUCGACUUCAGAAAUAUGCAGAAUCACGAAAGGAGAUAGAUAGAAGGCUAGAUGUCCAAUUCCAGAGAAAAAUUGCAGAAGUACUCGAUAAACACUUAUCUAUGGUCCAAAGGGAUCAUGAACAAAAAUCCCAGAUUGUGGAACGUAGAAUAAGAGAUGAUGCAGCUGUUGAAGAAGCUAAAAGAAGGGAGCAAUCUAUGAAGGAAGAAAAAAUAAAACAGGAAAGGGCCAGACAAGAAGCAGAGGCCAGGCAGAAGGCAACUGCAAAAUUAGCAGCUGAUGCACAGAAAGCAGCAUAUGAAGCUGCUCAAAAGGAAGCUGUAGAAAAGGAAGCUGCUAAAUCGAGGGCAGAAGCAGUUUCCACAUCUAGCCAAAUUUCUCAGAACAGUGUUGCCCAUGCAACAAUGGCAACCAGUACUGAAAUCAAAUCAGAAUUACCAGGAAUCAAAAUUUAUGCUGACAGGUCUGCAUUAGAAGCGGAAUCACGGAGGCGCGCAUUACAUGACCAAGUGCCAUCAAACAUUUACCUCAGCAAGGAGUAUAGGCGAUAUGACCGACAAAUUGGAAAGUCUAUUAGUAAACUUAUGCCAACUACUGACAGUGUCAAAGCCAGGGCUAGUGAGCUUAUUAAAGCUUUAGAUGGACAAGAUUGUCCUCGUCCAAUCGCUUGUCGUUUAUUUGCAGACAAGAUGAUUUCAAUAGUCAAGAGUCGGAAUCCUACGGACAAGACUUUUGGAAAAUUGGCCUUUGCUUGUGGAUAUGUCAUGCUACUAGUCACUAAUCAGGUACCAGAUGCAAUGGGUUAUCUUCUGGCUGAGUUCAACAAAGUUUGCAUGUACACAGUCCCAAAGCAUCUGCAUGCUUUGAAUGCACAAGCACGAAACACAGAUUACUUCAGGCUUAUUGGCUACCAGGAAGAAGAUGGAAAACUUCAGAGCACUGAGAAGUAUUUGGUAAAUGUUGUUGCAUACGUCAAACUGUAUGCUGCCAUGAUUCAGACAGAAAUCAAAGGUGUGCGGCAUCCACAUGGCUUAGCCGAGGGAUGGAAAUGGCUUGCAAUGUUCCUCAAUACUCUCCCAGCGAUCCCAGCCACUGCUUUUGCUCUUCAUGCUUUCCUCAAGGUGGCUGGUUUUUCGCUUCACAAGAAAUAUGGAUCGCAGUUCAUGAAAAUUCUAGAUGUAAUUUCGCGGCAUUUCAUACCAGCUUUGAAAGCACAAGGCUCAAAAGUUCAGCCAGAGGCUAUCAAUAAUCUACAAAAUUAUCUGAAUGACAAAAUUUAUCUGGAGGAGCCAGAAGGGCAGUACCUCGCCCAGCAGCUGCUAUCGAAAAUGUUCUUGUGAAGAUUAACAUCGAAUCGGCAUGGAGCUACAACUAUGAUUAGCAGCAGCAGUUACCAGUUGGUGCAUCUAUUUUGUCUGAGGGAGUAAGCUGCGUGGGUAUAACUUAUGGAGAAGCCUAAAAUCUUCUUGAAGAUUAUGUUGGAUGGAUUUGAUCAUGUUACUAAAUUAGGAUGCAAGUGCCACUUGGUGGAGGUCAUGCGAUUUGUUGUAUGUACUGUGUGUCUGUACUAUGCGGUGCAAACCUUCUGUCAGUUUGAAGUCAACGUUGUUUUGAAUGCAAUUCAUCUGCGUUGAUCAAA